AUGGGAGUGGGAGCGGCUACCGCUGAUUUAGACUCUUAUUCCCCUCCGCAAACAACCACUUGCUUUGAUACUUUUGAAGACACCAACAGCAACGAUCAAGCACGCAGUUGGAUCCGAAAAGCUCUCGAUGCCCAGCUCGACCUAGCAAAAUUUGUCGCUGACCGCCGAGGAAAGGGGCGAGCCACCGAGAUCGUCGGCUACCUCAAAGGCUCCUUCAACUUGGGCUUCCGAAUCAGGUUUGAGGAUGACGGGCCCGACGCUAUCAUCCGUUUUCCGAAGCCCGGCCACAUCUCGACGGUUUUCCUGGAGGGGAAGCUCGUCAAUGAAGUACGCGCCAUCGAGUUCAUACGCCACAACACCACAAUUCCGGUUCCCUUUCUGCAUGCUUGGGGCAUGGCCCACGAGAGUCCCCGGCAGCUCGGCCCCUUUAUCAUUAUGGAUUUUGUGGAGGGCACUUUGGCCUCGAGGAUUCUCCAAAAGCCUACCGACGACGAUCAGGAAGAACUGAUCUUGAACCCGGACCUGGAUAGUUCUUUGCUGGACAAGUUCUACCGGCAAGUUGCCGGGUACUUGCUCCAACUGUCUCGACUCAAGUUCAAGCGUAUUGGCGCUAUUUCGAAAGAGCCUAGAGAGCCUGGGGAGGAGGAGGAUGCGUGGUCCUCUUCCAAGAGACCUCUGACGUACAACAUGAACGAAUUGGCCACGGCCGCAGGCUACCCAACAGAUAGUUUCCCGACCACGAGCUUCGCCCGUGCCAGCGACCUCUUCAAGAGCGUGGGUCACGAGCACCUGGUUCAUCUGCGCACCCAGCGGAAUCUCGCCUUCACCCCCGAGAUCGCGCGCGCACGCUACAUCGCCCGUCACCGCUACCUCCAGCUCGUCAACUCCUAUUGCAGCGCCGAAGACGACGCUGGUCCCUUCGCCCCGUACUGCGACGACUUAAGGCCGGCCAACAUGCUCGUGGACCCCGACACCAUGCGGAUCACGGCCGUGCUCGACUGGGAGUUCACCAAUGCCAUGCCCGCCCAAUUCUCGCACGAACCGCCCUGGUGGCUGCUGCUGACCGACCCGGGCAGCUGGGUUGACCGCGACGCCGUGCAGGAGUUUCGUGACCUCUACGAACCCCGGAUGAAACAGUUCCUCCGGAUGCUCGAGACGGUCGAGGCAGAGGAAGGCCGUGACGCUUGUGGAGAUGGAGACGGAAACGACCGACGGCCGCUCUCGGCCCGAAUGGGCGCCUCGUGGGUGACAGGCCAGUUUUGGUUUAAUUUCGCAUCCCGCAAGAGCUACGACGUAGACAACAUCUACUGGAGGGUGCUGCACGACGGGGGCGACGCGGCAGAGCUGCUUGACCCCGAGGUGCGCGCGGGGAUGGACGCCGCCGUGGAGGAAAAGAUGGCACAGCUAAGGGAGUAUAGGGAGGAAUAUGCGGUGCGUUUCCCCGAUGAGGAGGCAGACGACCACGAUUGA